AUGUCCGACCCCGACCCGAAGCUCGUGUCCGACGCCAUGGAAGCGUUCGUGGACGAGGACUACGACGAAGCUCGAAAGCUCUACACGACGCUGAUCGAGCAGUCGCCCGAGCACGUCGCCGCGCACGUCCACCGAAGCGCCGUGAACUUGAAGCUCGAUCGCUUCGAAGACGCGCUGUCGGACGCGAUGAAAGCGCUGAGCUUGGACCACGAGAACCCGAAGGCGUACCUGCGGAAGGGCAUGGCGCUGUACGAGCUCGAGCGGUACGACCCGGCGAGGGCGGCGUUCACGAUCGGUCAGACGUUAGACCCGAAACACGCGGCGUUCAAGACGUGGAUCGCGCGCUGCGAGGAGCGCAUCUUAGAGGAGCGGCUCGCGGACGCGAAGCAGCGCGAGGGCCCGGACGCGACGAUUAAGGACGCGACGCGAGCGCCGAGGUACAAGCACCAGUGGUACCAGUCCGGGUCGCACGUCACCAUCGAGAUCAUGGCGAAAGGCGUCCCCGAGCAUGCGUCCUUCGUGGACGUGCAGGAAGACAGAGUGACGGUGACGGUGAAGCACGCGGACGACGACCCGCUCGGGAACAUUCCGUACGUCCUGGACGUUCCACUGUUCGGCAAGGUGGUGCCGGAGGAGAGCAGAGGGCAGGUGCUCGCGACGAAGCUGGAGAUCAAGAUGAAGAAGGCGGAGGCCAUCACUUGGGACGAUUUGGGCGCGGAGGCGCGAAGGAACGCGGAGGCGACGCGGCCGAAUAACGUCAGCGACGAGGGGAUGCAGCGGCCGUCGUACCCGUCGUCGAAGGCGGCGAACUUGAAGAAGCAGACGGACUGGGAUAAGCUCGAGUCUGACCUCAAGAAGGAGGAAAAAGAGGAGGAUCUCGAGGGGGACGCCGCGUUGAACCGGAUGUUCAAGGGCAUCUACGAAAACGCGGACGAAGACACGCGGCGGGCGAUGAACAAGAGUUUUCAAGAGAGCAACGGCACGGUGUUGUCCACGAGCUGGAAGGACAUCGGGAAGGAGAGGACGGAGUGCAAGCCGCCGGACUGCAUGGUCGAGAAGAAGUACGAGUCUUGA